GCACCAAGAAAGCAUCAAUAUAAGUUUUUUUUCUAUUUCGACUUUUUCUUUUCUUUUCUUUUUGUUUCUUCAUCAAACUUUAUCAUGUCUUUGUCCAACAAGCUUUCUAUUCGUGACCUCAAUCUUAAGGAUAAGCGCAUCCUCAUCCGUGUUGACUUCAACGUUCCCUUGAAGGAUGGUGCUAUCACCAACAACAACCGUAUCGUUCAAGCCCUUCCUACCGUCAAGUAUGCUCUUGACCAAGGCGCUGCUGCUGUCAUCUUGAUGUCUCACUUGGGUCGUCCUAACGGUGAAGCUGUCAGCAAAUACUCUCUCAAGCCUGUUGCUGCCGAAGUUGAAAAGCUCUUGGGUAAGCCCGUUGAAUUCUUGAACGACUGUGUUGGUCCUGAAGUUGAAAAGACCUGCCAAUCUGCUACUGGCGGUAAGGUCAUCCUUUUGGAAAACCUUCGUUUCCACAUUGAAGAAGAAGGUUCUGCCAAGGUUGACGGUAACAAGAUCAAGGCUGAUGCCGAUAAGGUCAAGGCUUUCCGUGAAUCUUUGACUUCCCUUGCUGAUGUCUAUGUCAAUGAUGCCUUUGGUACUGCUCAUCGUGCUCACUCUUCUAUGGUCGGUGUUCAACUCCCUCAACGUGCCGCUGGUUUCCUUAUGCAAAAGGAACUUGAAUACUUUGCCAAGGCCUUGGAAAACCCUGCUCGUCCUUUCCUUGCCAUCCUUGGUGGUGCUAAGGUCUCUGAUAAGAUCCAAUUGAUUGAAAAUAUGCUUGAUAAGGUUAAUGCUUUGAUUAUCUGUGGUGGUAUGGCUUUCACUUUCAAGAAGACUCUUGAUGACAUGAAGAUUGGUACUUCUCUCUAUGACGAAGCUGGUUCCAAGUUGGUCCCUAAUCUUAUCAAGAAGGCUCAAGAAAAGAACGUCAAGAUCGUCCUCCCUGUUGACUUCGUCACUGCUGAUGACUUCAACCCUAACGCCAAGACUGGCUAUGCUACUGAAUCUGAAGGUAUUCCUGAUAACUGGAUGGGUCUUGACUGUGGUGAAAAAUCCAACAAGCUCUUCCGUGAAGAAGUCCUCAAGUCCAAGACUAUUGUCUGGAACGGUCCUUCCGGCGUGUUUGAAUUUGAUGCCUUUGCUAAUGGUACCAAGUCUCUUCUUAAUGCUGUGAUUGAAGCUACUAAGGGUGAUACUACUACUAUUAUCGGUGGUGGUGAUACUGCCACUGCUGCCCUUCAAUGGGGUGCUGGCGAUAAGGUCUCUCACAUCUCUACUGGUGGUGGUGCCUCUCUUGAACUCCUUGAGGGUAAGGAACUUCCUGGUGUCACUGCUCUCUCUACCAAGAACUAAAAAAGACAUAUUCUGUAAAAAUAUAUAUGAUUUUUGUAUAAAGCAAUGUUUAUUCAACGA